ACCAUUACCUCUCUGCUUUCUGUUUUCUGACCACCUGCGCCUGCUAGCUCCCUUCCUGCAAACAUACUUAUUCCUGCAUACUGAGACCACCCUUUUUCCCUCACCACCCCUCGUAUUCUCCACUGUUGAGACCAGGUUUUCAGCACUUGCCAGAGCGGCUUGCGAUGGACAGCUCUGUGAAGACGCACUAAUCUCUCUCAUGAAUCAACGGCACGACCACUUGAAUUAAAUCUCUGCUGACAAGCGGUCUCAACACGAAGUAGAGAGAGAGAGAGAGCGAGGAGAGAGAGAGAGAGAGAGAGAGAGAGAGAGAGAGACUUCUGUGGAGUUCUCAGCCGACAACACACACAGAAACAGGGUUUUGAGCUAUUGUCUCAUCAUUUGCUCUACAUCUAGAAUAGCCAAGAUGGAAGAAGAUAUGGAUGAGCGGCAGACUCAGAAAGGAUGCCUGGAGUGCUGUAUCAAAUGCCUGGGCGGCAUCCCGUACCCAUCACUCAUCGCUACAAUCCUGCUGUACGCCGGGGUGGCGCUGUUCUGCGGCUGCGGGCACGAGGCCCUCUCCGGGACCGUCACCAUCCUGCAGAACUACUUUGAGGUGGUCAGAGGACCCGUGGAUUCCCUUGAUGUGUUCACCAUCAUUGACAUCAUUAAAUAUGUAAUCUAUGGCAUCGCCUCAGCGUUCUUUGUCUACGGCAUUCUGCUGAUGGUGGAGGGCUUCUUUACCAGCGGAGCCAUUAAGGACCUGUAUGGAGACUUCAAGAUCACCACCUGUGGACGUUGUGUCAGUGCUUGGUUCAUCAUGCUGACGUACAUCUUCAUGCUGACUUGGCUCGGGGUGACAGCGUUCACCUCCCUCCCCGUCUUCAUCUACUUCAACAUCUGGAACAUUUGCCAAAACACCACCUUUCCGGAGGGAGUCACUCUGUGCCUGGACCCGCGCCACUAUGGUAUUGUGCCAAUUGAGGAGGGGAAGACUGUAUGCACUGGAUCUGACAAGUUUUACAAAAUGUGUGAAUCAAAUGAGCUGGACAUGACAUUCCACCUGUUUGUUUGUUCACUGGCUGGUGCUGGAGCAGCUGUCAUUGCUAUGAUCCACUACCUGAUGGUGCUGUCGGCCAACUGGGCCUACGUGAAGGACGCGUGCAGGAUGCAAAAGUACGAGGACACCAAGUCCAAGGAGGAGCAGGAGCUCCACGACAUCCACUCCACCCGCUCCAAGGAGCGUCUCAACGCCUACACCUAAGGCCAGCGUGAGGCCUGGCCCUGUCCCCCUGCCCCCCUGCCCCUCCAUCUCCACCAUCCCCUUUAAAGAGGGGGGUGGGUGGCGCCUGGGGUCCUCGCCACCGCUGAUGUCACUGGUGCGUCAUAUGACAAAGUGGUCCGGGGUACCCUCACACAACCCCCCCAAACAGCAUUUCAGAUGAUGAGCCCUAUUACCUCUCUCAUGGACUGUAUUAUGAUGAUGAUGAUGAUGAUGAUGAUGAUGAUGAUGAUGAUUUCCUGUAUUAUUAUGGCUUUUAUAGUAGUUGGUAGUUCAGUACUUAGUAUAAUUGGAAGUAGCUAGCAGAAGUAUUUUUCAUAUACUUUUUUACUUUGGAGAAUUUAUUUGGAUUUGUAUGAGUUUGUAGUUUUAUUAAGUGUCACAUAUCCCCCUGUAUUAUUUAUUUAUCUUCAGUUUUGAGGCGGUCAGUUGGGGCUUAAAGGGUUUCAAGCACAUUUAUCAUGUUUGUGUGUCUAUAUAGAUCUCAUUUUGAAGCACUACGUACAUGGAUGGGUGAUCGGUGUUGAAGACUAAAAUAUUUUUGUCUGUUCCACAUUGGUUCAAUGUAAUUUCAUUGAAAUGACGUGGAAACAACGUUGAUUUAACCAAUGUGUGCCCAGCGGGAAGCCUGUUAAACAGGAAACACUUAAUUCAUUAUCAAAGAAGAAAUUAGUUGCCAAUAUGAUAAACAAUGGAUUAUUUUAUUACAAUAUGAGGCAUCUUGCCAAUUUAAAGCUAUGUAUCUAAGGACUGUGAAUGAUUCCAUCGUCUUUAAUCAUAUGCCAGACAAGCACAUGAAAACAUGUUCUCAUACCCCCAUUUUUAUUUCAUAAAGUUGAACUUUAUAAAUACAAGUAUGAAAAAAGUUUUUGCAGAUUUCUGCACUGCAUAUAUUGAGAUAUAAAUGCAUACUUUGGUCCUAUAUGUUAAGCACUUCAAAUUCAGGACAAUUCAUAAGAGAAUAAAAAUAAGUUACUGUGGUUUAAUUCACUAUUAAUCGCUAAGUCUUACAAAAAUAUUGACGCAAAAAAAUGGGUUUUCAUGUAAAAUUUCACUUUUUGGUAGAUUUAUCAGACUUAAGAAAAGUGUGUGUCACAGUAAGUUAUUUUGUUUAUGACAGUAAAAGUCGGAUUGUCUUGCUUACACAUCAAUAUGCCAUAGGACUCCGAAGGUGGCCUACCAUUUCAUUGCCUGGCAAUAUUUGUUUUGUCAGUAUUUCUAAGAGCUAGUUUUGUGCACUUAUUUGACCAUUUCUGUGCUCUCUCUAGGUGUAAGCUCAUUUGUGUUCAACUCAGAGUUGGAUAACUGUACUGUUAGGUAAAGACUGUGAAUGUAGAUGUUUUUCGUGGCAUGGACACUUUUUUUAACACUUUGGCUGUCAACCUUUUGUUUAUAUGUGCAGUACUAAACCCCCCACGGUAACAGCAUUAGGCUACUGAUAUUAGACGCUAGUGUUUGAGUUGUGUCUGUUUAGUUUGUGAUGAGUUUUCAACCAUGUCUUGAACUGAUUCUUGUACCAACUUUGCUUCUGACCUGACAAUGCUUUCAGCUUUCUCCUCGUACUAGUCAUUUGUACUUUCACAAAGAAUGCUUACUUACAUAGUAACAUUCUCUUAAUUGAAUCUGUUUUAUACAUACAUGUGCCAACAGCUUGAAGUGGCUUUCUGACCUGUAGGAUCAAAAUUUGCUUGCAUAAAUAAACAUCACUUUAUUCCCUGUGAAA